GAGCCGGUGGGAAGCUGUGUUGGAGCGAACGAAAGGAACUGAUCGGAUUUGGGUUGCGGCCGAAGGAACAGCUCUGAGUCUGGAGGAGAGGAUCCCCGACUGUGAGACCCGCCUUCCCUGGCCCCGGCCCCUCCCAGUUCCCCCAGCGACGGCUGCUUCCUGGUCCCCGACGCAACCAUGGCCGAAGAACAACCUCAGGUCGAACUGUUCGUGAAGGCUGGCAGUGAUGGGGCCAAGAUUGGGAACUGCCCCUUCUCCCAGAGACUGUUCAUGGUGCUCUGGCUCAAGGGAGUCACCUUCAACGUCACCACCGUGGACACCAAGAGACGGACAGAAACCGUUCAAAAACUUUGUCCGGGUGGACAACUCCCAUUCUUGCUGUAUGGUACUGAAGUACACACAGACACCAACAAGAUUGAGGAAUUUCUGGAAGCUGUGCUGUGCCCUCCCAGGUACCCAAAGCUGGCUGCUCUGAACCCUGAGUCUAACACCUCAGGGCUGGACAUAUUUGCCAAGUUUUCUGCCUACAUCAAGAACUCGAACCCGGCACUCAAUGACAACCUAGAGAAGGGGCUCCUGAAAGCUCUGAAGGUACUAGAUAAUUACUUGACAUCCCCCCUCCCAGAAGAAGUGGAUGAAACCAGCGCUGAAGAUGAGGGCAUCUCUCAGAGGAAGUUUCUGGAUGGCAAUGAGCUCACCUUGGCUGACUGUAACCUGUUGCCAAAGCUUCAUAUCGUACAGGUGGUGUGUAAAAAGUACAGAGGCUUCACCAUCCCAGAGGCAUUCCGUGGAGUGCAUCGGUACUUGAGCAAUGCUUACGCUCGGGAAGAAUUCGCCUCCACCUGUCCAGAUGACGAGGAGAUAGAGCUGGCCUAUGAGCAAGUGGCCAAGGCCCUGAAAUGAGCCCCCUUUAAAGACUCCUUCACCCACUCUGUGCUCGCUAUAGACACUCUGGGAGGCCACCGAAUGGACACACUCCUGAAUAGCCAGUGGUCAGGAAAUCCAGGGCACAAGUGUUGGGCUGGGGGAGGAGUGGGGGAAAGGAUAGGCGACAAGGGUAAGAUUUUUAUUGUGGGGUGGGAUGGGUAGGACAACGUAUUUCAGUAAUAAAAUACAGAAUGAAAAUCU